CUAAAAAUAAACAUUUUCCAUGUUUAUUGCAAAGUGAUACAUAAAUUUUUUUUGAAUGAUACUGUUGGGAGUUUUGUGUUUAAAGAAAAUAAUUCACUACAGUUGAAACAGUUAAUUGUUUCAGUUUUUAUUUUAAAAUCGAAUCAUAUUUUCCAAGUCAAUAGAAAAUACCAAAAACGAUGUUUUCUAAUGGUCUUCCUUGCAACUUACCAUUUCCCAGUUGUCUAGGCAUAUCGAAAGACAGUGGAAAUGAUGAAUUGCUGCCCUCCAAUACUGGCAAUAGAGAACCAGUUAUAUUAAAUGUAUACGACAUGUAUUGGAUUAACGAAUAUACGACUUCGAUUGGUUUGGGUGUUUUUCAUUCUGGCGUAGAAGUAUUUGGUACGGAAUUCGCUUAUGGCGGGCAUCCAUUUCCAUUUACUGGUGUUUUUGAAAUAACGCCCAGAGAUCAUGACGAACUGGGUGAACAAUUUCAAUUUAGACAAAGUAUACAAAUUGGCUGUACAGAUUUUACAUACCAAGAAGUUAGACGUAUUGUUGAAGAAUUGGGCAACCAAUUUCGAGGAGACCGUUAUCAUUUAAUGAACAACAACUGCAAUCAUUUCUCCAGUGCUCUUACUCAGAUCCUUUGUGGCCAAGAAAUACCCAGCUGGGUAAACCGUUUAGCCCAUUUUAGUUCAUGUGUACCAUUUUUGCAAAGAUGCUUGCCAAAGGAAUGGCUAACUCCAAAUGCCUUACAGCAGAGCAUAACGGCUAUCCAGGAACGUGAUGACUCUGAACAUAGUCCGCUUUGAAAUAGGAUUUGUUCGGGGCAACAAUAAUAAUCGAAACACAUUGCACCAAUUUGUACUAUAUAAAUACAUACUCGUACAACCAACCAUCAUCAACUCACACAUACUACAUACAAACAAACAAACAUACAUACACAUAUUUGCAUGUAACAAUUAUAUUAUUUUUUAAAAUUUUUAAUAUUAUUUUGUAUUUAGAUUGAUAAAUUUUAGAAAUGUAAUUCGGUUAAAUUAACGAUUAAACGAUAGAUAAAUAGAAAUAUAUAAUUAAUUCAUUAAGAUCACAAUCAUCGGAAUUUGCAUUCUAUUUGUUUAAAUUUACGAUCAUUAUCUUGUGGAUAAAUUUCGAAAUAAGAUCGUUUUUAUUCUUAAACGGAAAAUUAUUCGUGCAAAACAACAAAUAAGCAUUGCAAUGACAAUGAGCAUUUAUAAAAAAAAAUUAUAUAAAAAAAAUAAACAUGUUAUCACUUGAAAUAUUUAUUAAUAUUUCAUUAUCUUGAACAAAAAGAAAAAUUAUAAAAUGUAUUUUGAGAAGUUUAUUUAUUUAACUCAAAAGACAUUUAUUUUCUCUCUCUUUAAAUAGGUCUUAUUUUAAUUAUAAAAAACACUUGUAUUAAAAAUGAAUUUAAAAACUGUUCUUUAAUAUCACUUCAUGACAUCAAACAAAAAGAAAAUAAAAAAAAAGUUAAAAAUGGUCUACAUAUAACUCUAUUUAGUUUAUUCAAUACUACUACUUAAAAAACGAAAAAAGUAAAACAUCAAUAUUUUCGUUUGUUACGCACAUAAAUUAUCGUUACCAAGAAAAAAAUAGAAAAAACAUCUAUUGUUCUUAAAUAAUAUAAAUUGUAUUAUGUAUUUUUAUUUUAUAUUUACAACAACAACCGGCAUUGUUUUCCAACAAAAAGUGAUGUCGUUAAAAAAUUAAUAUGUUUGAAUUUAUAUUGUAUAGACAGAAAAAUAAAAGAUAUUCUAUUAGAAUCAUACAAAAUACAAGUACAAAACGAAUUCAUCUCUUUAACUCA